AUGACUGAAUCCGAUAAAAUCCUGGUGCCCAAGGAUCUGUACAAAGAGCAGUAUUCUCCGGAGUUCGCCGGGCGCUGGGACGAACUGAUUGACUGGCAACGCAGGGGGGAAGCGGAGAACAACUUUUUCCAGGACAUUUUGAAAGGACAUGGAGUCGAGACGGUUUUGGAUAUCGCAUGUGGCACCGGAUUCCACUCAGUUACUCUGAAAGCCGACGGUUUCCAAGUCACGGCCGCAGAUGGCGCGCCCAACAUGCUGGUCUGGACCAGGCAGAACGCCCAACGUUUGGGAAUCGGCGACCUGCGCAUUGUGGAGGCCGAGUGGACCAGGCUCGGUGAGUCCUUUGCGGGAGAGCAAUUCGACGCCGUAAUUUGCCUGGGAAACGCCUUUACCCACCUGUUUGACGAAGGGGACAGGAUCAAGGCCCUCAGCGAGAUGUACAAACUGCUAACCAGGGACGGCAUCGCAAUCAUUGAUCAGCGAAACUACGAUGCCAUUCUGGACAACGGCUUCUCCAGCAAGCACCAGUCCUACUACUUGGGCGAGAAGGUUGAAGUGAGACCAGAGUACUUGAGCGAAGACCUCCUGACGAUGCGCUACAAAUACGAGGACGGUGAAGUCCAUUUUCUGACACUCUGCCCCAUACGCCAGGAAUACGUGACCAACCUGCUCCUAGACGCCGGCUUCCGCAGCGUGAAGCGUUAUGGCGACUUUGUAGAAAACUACGACCUCUAUGAACCGGACUUCGUGAUACAAGUCGCCAGGAAGUAA